AUGGCUCUCCUGAAGUCAUCAGGACCAUCCAUGUUUUUCAAGCUCGAAGGAAUCCCUGAACCACCUGCUGGCUACGUUCCCCCCCUUGGCUCCUCAAGGAACACCUGGACUAACAUCUACAAGAACAAGGGCCGCAUCGAUUACUGCGUUCAGCAGUUUGACUACUUGUCCAACCGCCUGAAGUGCAUCGACAAGCUUACUGGAGGACCCUUCCUCGAGUAG